UAAUUCCAGCUUCCAAAACAGCGCCUUUUCCAGCUUGCGAAGUGGCGAACAAUCGCAUAUUUAGAACGUGUUCGAACGAAAGGUCGCCGAUCCUUCAAGAUGAUCAGCUCCAAGGCUGAUAUUCUCCGAGAACUGGAUAAGCUCCCGAAUUCCAGUCUGCAAGAUGUCAAUUCCUUGCUCCAUUCGCUUGUUCCGAAAAUUGAAGCCAAGGAGAUAUCCUUGCUUGAGGUCAUUGAGGCAUUGGGUACGAGCUUAACAAACCCAAACCCUUCUCAUCGUGGCGUAGGGACAAGACUGCUUGCUGAUGUACUUCAUACAUUACCUCGAAAUAAGCUCAACCAUGAAGAAAUAGUGUUCUUGACUGCAUUCUUUGUUGAUCGUUUCAAGGACCACCACUCUGUCACACCUCAUGUUAUUUAUGCUAUUAUGGCCCUAGCUGAGCAGGAGAAUAUUGGGAAAGAUGAAAUUGUUGCAUUGCUCAAGGCAUUAUUCAGCGAAGUACACUGUCAGUCCCAAAUAAUGACAGAUCGACGUAAUAUAUUUACGUUCUUAAAAUUCUGUAUUCUGAAUAAAAUAGAAGCUGUUCAAGAAAUGGGGACCGACUUUGUAUUAGGUUUUGUAACUGCGAUGGAUGGAGAAAAAGAUCCCAGAAAUCUGGUUUUACUCUUUGCAGUAGUACCUGUGAUUGUGAAAUGUCUGCCUCUUGGCCCUUUCACUGAAGAAUUAUUUGAAGUUGUGGCUGCAUAUUUUCCAAUAGACUUUGUCCCUCCUGCCGAUGAUCCUUUUGGGAUUUCUGCAGAGGACCUUGUCCUUGGAUUAAGACAAGCCCUGUCAUCAACUCCUGCAUUUGCUCCUUUCUGCAUCCCUCUUAUACAAGAAAAAUUGGAUUCAGACCUCUACUCUGCAAAGUUGGAUGCCUUACACACAUUGGUGGCAUGUUGUGAUAUUUACACUUCUGAAGAUAUAAGACCACAUGUGUCUCCUCUCUGGGUCAGCAUCAGGAGAGAAGUGGUCGAGAGAAGCAGCGAUGAGGCUGAAAGUGCUGCCCUCUUAGCACUGACUUCCAUGAUGAAAGCCUUAGAAAGGGGUGCUGUGUCGCAAGCUUCUCGCGAUGCAGCAACUUCACUAACAAAUUCGGCUUUGAUGGAGUGUUUAGGCCAUUUGACGGCACCAGAACAGCGACUUAUGUACCCCAGUGCCCAUCUUCUCAUAGCGCUGAUAGCUUCAGGACCUGGCCCUACCAGAUCAAUUGCCGAUAAGGUUUUGCCUCUUCUCGCCCAGCAGUUUCUCUCAAAAACAGAGGAAUCAGCUCGGAAAAAUACGAUAGUGAUUCUUGGCAGAUUUAUGGAAGAAACGUCAAAGUAUUCAGAAAUGACAGAAGAGACAGGGGUCCUACCAAAAUAUGAGGACGUUUGUUGGGAAGCCUUCUCACAAGGACUGUUGUGUAGCUCUUCAGCUGUUCAGGAAGCAACAGUUACUGCCGUAAGAAGCGCCAUGUCUGUUCUUAGUUCAGAACAUCUCACACAAGCAGCUAACACAAUGACAUCUCUGCUGAUUUCUGUUAAUAAUAAGCAUUUGAGAGACAGCAUAAUUAAUACCUUCAGUGCCAUGUCUCAAGUGCAGCCAAAAAUUGUCAGCGAUCAUAUUUUCCCUCACCUGCUUCGGGAGAUGGAACAAGAUAACUCGAGAAAUUGUGGAGUCACUGACGGUCAGAUCCUGGAUACUCUUGCAAUUCUUACCUCUGGUAAACUUCUCUUGGUGAAAGUCCUGCCUGUCCUCUGGAAACGUGCUGAGGAAACAAUGGUUUCCUCCCCUGAGUGUUCAUGUCUACACUUUUCCUGCAUCCAAAAGAUAUUGAAAAACACAGUUCAAGAUGAUGAUUGUCAGAAAUAUGUCGUAGAGGAAUGGAAGGGAAUUUUCAAUAUUGUCGGCAUGUCUGUUCGUGUCAUUGUUUCUGAGGAAAUUAAAUCUCCUGUGCUUAUCCUGAAGUGCCUUUCAGCAAUUGUAAGGGUGUUGGUUACCCACAUGAAAGAUACUAAACCAUUAGUAGAAUCAAUGAUCCAACUUAUUUUGCAUAGUGGAGAAGAAGAAUUGAGUGAUCUAAGCAGAGAAUUGUUAUCAGCACACCAAGAUAUCUCUGAUCUUAUGGCCCAGUUUACGACAAACUCUAGAGCCAUGCUUUUGGUUUACUUAUAUGAAGGAGUAAUGCUUGGUAUGCCCAGAAGCUUUGAGGCCAGUGGCCUUGACAGGUUUUUGGAAAAGUUACGAGAGCAGAGCAUGAACAGCUGUUCGCCAGAAGUUCAGGAAACGUCUGCAGUUCUUCUUGCAUCAAUACUCAACAAAAUACCUAUGGGGUCCAGCUUCAACCAUAUUAUCUCGACAAGCAGCGAAAAGUUGAGUGGGGCUUUGGAAACAACGAACCCAACAGACAAACGAGAAGCUGCUCUUCAGACGCUAACGUGGAUAUGCAAAGCACUUGUUGUGAGGGGGGCCCAAGAGGAAAAAGUGUGGACUGAAAAGAUGCUGAGUUUACUAUGUGAUCCAUCCAUUGGUCAGAAAGCAGCUCAGGGUUUUGAGAUUAUUUUGAAAGAACAUGAGUAUGCUUUUCAGCCCGAAACUUUUAGUAAUAUUAGAUUGCUCUUCAAACAACGAUACUUUGAAAAUGUAGUUGGACCACUUGUGGAUACGUUUGAUAACACUGCAGGCAACACAAAGGAGAAUGCGUUAUUGGCUGUUUCAUCUAUAUUACCUCAUUUACCUACUUUGGUUCUCAAUGCACACAUUAAAAAGCUGUUACCAGUUUUACUUCAAGGAGUUACAUCUGAUAAGCUGGCUGUCAAGGAAACGACAUUGUCGACACUGGCGACUCUCUUGAAACAAACGGCUGUUCAUGCUACGCCACACAUUUCCACGCUUAUUCCUAAUCUCCUUAGUAUAACUUCAAAUCAGCCUAUGGGUAUCCGCAUGAAAGCCCUUGAGUGUCUGGAGGCCUUGGCGUCACUACCAGUCCCCGUUCUCAGGCCAUACAAAGAAAAAGUUAUCAGCGAACUACGGCCAGUCUUGAAUGACAAAAAGAGGGUUGUCCGACAAUCAGCUGUCAGUGCCCGAUCCAGUUGGUUACUUGUCGGGGCCCCGGGAAAAUCAUAGCUUUUAUUUCUUUUAUCUCAUGUAAAUUAGUGUUAAUUCGUCAGUGAAGAUGCUUUUAAGAGGACUAGCAAGGUGCUGUAAAUAUCUUGUACAUUAUUUUGUUUUCCUACAGAUUACAAAUUUUAUUUUUAUUGCUGGCAAUCUCCUUGGUCAAAGGCAGUUGACUGCAUGUUUAAUUGCUGUAUUAAUAAAUGAUCUUGUAAUUGAGUUGCAAGAGAAGCAUCUAGUUUAUAUGUCUUACUAGCUUUUAGCUAUUUUAUACUCGGGACAUUAUCGGAUGUGUAUAGUAAUGAUCUUCACCUGACCUUCAAUUACUUGUUGUCAUCUUAAGCUAUCACUGCACUGCCUUUGCUUAAAGGUCGAAGUUUUUAUUUGUUUUGGUUUUUGAUUUUGUAAUUGUUUGUUCAAAGGUACUUUGUUACUAGAUGUAUAAAUGAAUAUUAUUACUCUCUAGCUGGAUUACACCUGAUAAUGUUAACUGAUGGUGUUGGCUGAUAAAUGAAUAGUUUGGCUCUACUUUUUGUCAGACAUUACUCUUUUACAUCUAUGUGCUCUCUUUGAUUAUUUCAGUUAGCAUGGAUGUUGUUGUACAUAUAGCGUACAGAGUUGUGAACCUUAAUCCACCUUAAAUCUAAAAUGUCAAGGAACUUUUUAUGGUCCCUCCAGUGAAACAAGGUUAUACUAAGCCGAAUCCAAGUAGAGAUAACAGAUGGUAUCCAAGUUCGCCCAUGAAAUAUGAAAUUGGGGACCAAUUACCCUCCCCUAAUUUACUGCAAGGCAAUAGGAAAGUUUGUAAUGUGUAGGAAUACAAACAGUGUUUUUUAAAGAUUGAUGUUUGAUACAUGCAAAAAUUGUACUUGUAAGUUAACAGCAUUGUAUUUACAGAUACAAUAACAAUAAGCAUAACAGGGAGUGAGAUUAGGAGAACCUCAUACUUUAUGAUGUUUUACCUAUUGUUUAUUCACUGCUUUGCCUUGUUAUAACUGCAUUUCAACACAUGGCAUAUUGCUUUUGACCAAGCAUAAAGGCCAAAGUAAAAUUACAUCAGUUUGUAUCUGUGAACUAUUUUUUAUAAAAUUGCUUUGACUAUGGAAACUAACAAGGCAAAUAAUAAGUGGGGCUUUACCAUAAAGAAACAACAGACUUUUUUCUUAAAGACAGAGUAUAAAUGAAUUAACUAUUGAGAUUUUUCUGGUGUCACAAUAAUGGCAGAGGAUAAGGAGCAGACACUGAGGAGGCAAUCUGGAAUUUACUGGUAUCCCUAGAACUAACUGGAAAACUUAGUUGCCUGAUGGUGCUACCUGUCAAACAAGGAGAAGCUCAAUGGAAUAUUGGCCACAAAAUUUAUAAAUGAAAUUGACAGCAAGUAAACGUUUCAACAUAAAGGAAGAGCAUACUAUUGAGGUAGAAGAAAUGAAUAAUGAUAAUAACUCUGUUGAGGUGGUUAUAUUUGAUAGGAAUUGUCAUGAGAGUAUUAAACUUACUGAAUUAUGUAGAAUUCCAGUAAGAUAUAAUUUGCAGGUAACAGCUGACAGAUUCAUUGUGAACCAAUAAGGAUCAAGUGUAAAUUUGGAUGAUGGUGAGUAGGUGAAAAUAAAGAAAUAUGAAAGGUUUUAGCCAUUAUAGACUUUUGGGUUGAAGUUCCUUGAAUGCUUUAGAAAUAUCAAGAUCAGUGAUAGAGUAUUCUUCAAAAAACCCUAAAAGAGAAUGGCCAAACUUUCUUACAGUAAGAAACAUCUUCAGUCAAUGUUACAUUCCUGAAGCCGUACUGACGAUUCCGGGGAUGGAAAGUUGGAUUUAAUUUUAAAAUAAAUUAGCAACAGUUGAAGUCAUAGCAAUAUUUUGUCUACUUUGGAAUGGGUUACACUUACAAUGUUUCAAAGUGAGAGGCAUAUAUGCAAGAAUUGAAAUUGUGUGAUAAAGAACAGUGUAUAGCAAUUUGUCAGCAAAUAUUUUAAUGGAAUUGUGCAGAUUUACAUUUGGAAUCAUUUUAUAUUUUUAUUUUAGUGAUAUUUCUUUUUGAUAAACAGUGACACAGUAUGAGGAAUUUGGAGCCAUCCUUUGUUCAUUUCUGCUGUGUAUAUUAUCUUAAAGCAAAGACAUCUAUUUUGCUAAUGGUUCUGUGGUCCUGUAACUCAGUGACAUCAAGUGAAUUGGCUGGGAAUACCACAUACAGGAGGCUUGUGUAGUUCACUGUAGAUGGCACAUAGGGUUCUUUGUAGCAUUCCUUCAGCCUCCAGCUGUGUUGCUCUGUCUUUCACUGUGCAUCCAAUCGUGACGGUCUCUUCGUAUUUAGCUGUCAGCUUCUGUAUUAUUUGUAAUUUUCGCAUCACCUCCUAAGAACAAAUCAUAUGGGCAAAUACAAUGAAUUUAUGAAUAUGGCUGGGUGGUCUUGUUGAUUUUAAUUAGAUUUAUCUAAGUUAAUUAAAAAUUUAGGCAGGAGAAGACUUAGUAAUGCAUUACUAGUCACACAGGAGCUCAUCGUGAAUUAGGAUAAUACAUCUGCAAAACUGUCUUAGCUUAUUCAAGGCAUUGUUUUAUAUUUUGGUAAUAAACUGACAAAACUGGU